AUGAAACUCCCCACACAAACAUUGUUGUCUCAAAUUCUCCACCUGACACAACACAAACACCUGAAACAAGGCCAAACACUUCAUGCCCACAUCAUCAAAACAGGCCAACUAUCAUCAACUUACAUAGCCAACACUCUCAUCAACUUGUAUGCCAAGUGCCAACACUUGCCCCAAUCCAACCUCAUUUUUCAAGAAAUUCAAGAAAAAGACAUUGUCUCUUACAACACUCUCAUCAAUGCUCAUUCUCAACUGGGUUGUGUUCAAAAUUCAAUCUUUGUUAUUAAUUUGUUCAAACUCUUGCUUUCACAAGUUGGGUUGGUCCCUGAUGGUCAUACUUUUCCGGGGGUUUGUAAUGCUGCUUGUAAUUUGUUGGAUUUGUUUGUUGGGCAGCAAGUUCAUUCGGUUGCAAUGAAGAUUGGAUACUGUUAUGAUGUUUUUGUGGGGAGUUCUUUGGUUAAUAUGUAUUGUAAAUUGGGUGUUGUUUGUGAUGCUCGUGUGGUUUUUGAUAGAAUGAUUGAGAGGAAUUCGGUUACCUGGGCUUCGAUGAUCUCGGGGUAUGCUAUGGAGAGGUUUGUGUUUGGUGCUUUGGGGGUUUUUAAGAUGAUGAUGUGGGAAGAUGUUGGAGGUGUUAAUGAGUUUGUUUUUACUAGUGUGCUUAGUGCUUUGACGUCGAGUGAUGAUGUUUUUAUUGGUAAACAGCUUCAUUGUCUUGUUGUUAAGCUUGGGUAUUCUUUGGUUUCGUCUGUUGGCAAUGCUUUGGUUACAAUGUAUGUCAAGUGUGGUAUCUUGAAAGAUGCCAUUAUGUCAUUUGAGUUGGUGAGGGACAAGAAUUCUAUUACAUGGACAGCAAUUAUCACUGGGCUGGCGCAAUCAGGGGAUUCUGAACAGGCUUUGAGUUUGUUCUCUAAGAUGCAAUUUUUCAAGGUGGAGUUUAAUGAAUCGACCCUCGUUGCUGUCCUAAAUGUUUGUAGUGAUAGUGGUGGAUUGGAGUUGGGAAAGCAAGGUCAUGGUUUUCUUGUGAAGUCGGGAUAUAUAUCAAAAAUUCAUUUAAUGACAACUUUGGUUGGUAUGUAUGCUAAAUGUUGCUGUGUAGGAGAUGCUAGGAAGGUGUUUGAUUAUCUGCAGGAACCUGAUAUUGUAUUGUGGACUUCCAUGAUUGGAGGGUACAUUGAAGCUGAGGAGAAUGAAUAUGCUAUCGACUUGUACUGUAAAAUGCAGAUAGAAAGCGUUAUGCCAAAUGAGUUAACUAUGGCCCGUGUUCUAAAAGCUUGCUCUAACCUUGUUUGUUUGGAUCAGGGAAAGCAGAUCCAUGCUCAUACCAUUAAAUUUGGAUUUGGUCUGGAAGUUCCAAUUGGAAGUGCCCUGUUGAUGAUGUAUGCAAAGUGUGGAAGCCUGAACGAUGGUAAUCUUGUCUUUAGAAGAAUGCCUAAUAAGGAUGUGGUGUCAUGGAAUUCAAUGAUUUCAGGUCUUUCUCAUAAUGGAUAUGGUCAUGAAGCACUUGAACUUUUCCAAGAGAUGCAACUAGAGAACACAACCCCGGACAGUGUCACUUUUGUUCACAUUCUCAAUGCUUGUAGUCACAAGGGCUUGGUAGAUGGAGGUUGGUUCUAUUUUAAAAUGAUGUCUGAUGAAUAUGGUAUUACCCCAAGAGUGGAGCAUUUUUCAUGCAUGGUCGAUAUAUUGACCCGUGCAGGAAAGCUCUACGAAGCAAAAGAGUUAAUUGAGACAAUAACCUUUGAUCAUGGUCUACACUUGUGGCGAAUUUUGUUAAGUGCUUGUCGAAACUACCGUGACUAUGAACUGGGGGUUUAUGCAGGAGAGAAACUGAUGGAACUAGGUUCAGGAGAAUCAUCUACAUAUGUUUUGUUGUCAGGUAUUUACGAAGUAUUAGGAAGGCGAGAAGAUGUGGAGCGUGUACGAAAGAUGAUGAAACUUCGAGGAGUGAGCAAACUUCCUGGGUGUAGUUGGAUUGAGCUGAAAAAUCAUAUACAUGUCUUUGUCGUUGGAGAUCAACUACAUUCAAAAAUUGACCACAUACGGGUUGAAUUACAAGCAUUGACUAAACAAAUGAAGGAUGAAGGUUACGGGGCACAUUUAGAUGUAACCUUAAUGGGUUUCGAGGGCUAAGAAUUGAGAUGAAGAUAAUUUGACAGCCAUAUUUCAUGUGUCUAUUAACUUCAAUUGGUCAAUUUAUCUACGUUAGAGUGCAUCUAUCCUAUACUCUGCCAGCAGAACAGAAUUUUUUUUCUGUCCAUACCUGCCCAGCCAUAGUCUGCAAAUCAAUUGCAAUAUUGUGUUGGAAAUCGUUGGUACCACUCUGGAAGAGAAGUGUAAAUGAUUGGAGCUGCACCUUAUCCUUGGUACUUGAAUAGAUAGUUCCUGUUACCUCUAUGAUUGGAGUUGCUUACGUGAAGUCAUACUUCAGGGAAAAUAUAAAGGCCAUGAGGAACGACUGGUAUCUGUUGACUUAUGCUCUUAGGUCUGAAGUCGGUGUACAUAAUAUGCUAUUGAGAUUAUAGAAGUAAGCGUAAAGUAGAGAAUUUUCAAAGUGAGAUGAACUUAGAGAAAACCCUUAUUGAAGCUGUGCAACAAUAAGAGGCAAUGACGUCUGAAAAGAUGAUGUCUAAAUUCUCAGGUAAUUCUCCGUAACUGAGUGAGUGCCACAGUCCAGGAUACAACUUAAUUGUUUUAUCGCUGCUAGAAGCCGUUUCAUAUAGUAGCUUGCUUACUGCUGGAUCAGUCACUUUGUCAGCCUCAUCAUGGACAACAAGAAAAGGUACCAAAACCUGAAAUUUACAACAGGUAUGUUGGAAACGUGUAUGGGAUUUUUAUGAAAAUUAAACUAAAUAUUGAGUAUAACAAGCACACACUUUAUAUAUUAAUAUCUGAGUAUUACAAACUCUAGGCUACAGCCUUUUCCUUGAUACAACAGGUUACAACCUUUCUCUUUUCUCACAGAGAGCUUCGGCUCUUUUACUUCUCUCAGUUUUUCUUCACUCGGUACUACUUCAAAUAUAAAACACAGAAACUAUUUAUAGACUUUAGAAUACAAGCAGGUUAAGAUCACAGCUUACAUAGUCACCUAGCUGCUAUUAAUAUGGUCACCUUAAUUCAUGGGAUCAGUAAAGGACACAUGCAUGCAUUGCCAGCUUGCUGUUUUCUUUUUUUCAUCCUUUCAUACACACAUUCUGAUCUCCUUCUUCUUUGUUUCACAUGUGGAUAUUUAAGCAGCCUACCUUGAAUCCAGGAGGAGCUUCCGUAGUUUCUUUUAUUUCUACCACCUUAUGUUAUUUGAUUUCUUCAGCCGUGUGUUGUAGUUUGCACAGCCUCCUUUUUUUCUGGAUAUGACCACUUUCAUACACGUAUUUGACUUCUAACAUUAAACUUCAUGUAGCUGGCUGUGAGACUUUCAUGUGUGUAUUCUGGACAACAACCCAUUUCACUUACUCACGCUUAUUUGACCACCUUGCUGCCAGCCAUUUUCCUACUGCACUUAUUUAUUCAUUUUGUUUUUAUUCAUUAACUAAACAUCCGGAAGAGUUUGACAUUCUAACACUCCCCCUCAAACUCGCCUCUGCAUUCCGAGCUUUGUUAUCAUUUUCUGAAACACAUCUGGCUUCAAUGACUUCGUAAAAAUAUCUGCUAGAUUUUCUUCCGUCCUGCAGUGCACCAACUCCACGAUUUUAUCGUUCACUUUUUCACGAAGAAAAUGAUAUUUAAUGUUGAUGUGCUUGCUUCGACUAUGUGACACCGGAUUUUUCGCAAGUGAAAUAGCGGAUUUAUUAUCCACGUAAAUAGUAACCGGUUCUUUCUUGACAAGAUUUAACUCGCCCAAAAUAUAGUCUAGCCACAUAGCGUGACACGCUGCUCCUGCUGCUGCAAUAUAUUCCGCCUCACAUGUUGAGAGAGCGAUUGUCUGUUGCUUUUUUGAUGACCAUGAGAAUAUCGCCGAGCCAAUAUGAAAAGCAUACCCUGAAGUGCUUUUCCCGUCAUCCAAAUCUCCACCAUAAUCACUAUCUGAAUAGCCGACUAAUUUUGAAUUUUGAGAAUGAGUGUAAAAUAAACCAUGAUCAAGUGUACCUUUAAUAUAUCUCAAAAUUCUUUUAGCUGCCAUGAAAUGAUCUUGCUUCGGUUUCUCCAUGUACCUACAAACCAAUCCGACUGCAUACAUAAUAUCCGGACGAGUGAAAGUUAGGUACCUUAAACUUCCAACCAAACUCUUGAACAACGUCGGAUUUACCGACUCCCUUGUUGAAUCAAUUCUGAGCUUUAUGCUUGCUUCUGCUGGCGUGCUCACUGGCUUACAUUCCUCCAUUCUGAACUUCUUCAAAAUCUGCUCGGCAUAUUUUUUCUGACACAUAAAAAUUCCGUCUUUGCUUUGCUUCACCUCGACUCCAAGAAAGUAUGACAUUUGACCAAUAUCUGUCAUCUCAAAUUCAUUAGUCAUAACUUUCUUAAAAUCAUCAAACAUACCGGGAUUGUUUCCGGUAAAUAUCAUGUCGUCCACGUAUAAGCAAACGAUCAUAAUAUCUCCCCCUGAAUUUGUUUUCGUGUAGAGUGCAUGUUCAUAUGGACUCUUCACAAAACCAUUUUUCUGAAAAUACUCAUCAACCCUUGUGUUCCACGCUCUCGGAGCUUGCUUUAGUCCGUACAACGCUUUCUUUAGCCGGUAGACUUUAUCUUCCUGGCCUUUCUGAACAUAUCCCUGAGGUUGCUCGAUGUAGACUUCUUCUUCGAGAUAACCAUUUAGAAAUGCCGACUUCACGUCCAUCUGAAAAAUCUUCCAUUCAUUUUGAGCAGCAAUUGCUGUAAGAAGUCUGAUGGUGUCAACUCGUGCAACUGGAGCAAACACCUCAUCAUAGUCAAUUCCGUAUCUUUGCUUGUAGCCUUUAGCCACCAACCUUGCCUUGUAUUUUUCUACUUCUCCGUCUUGAUUUGUUUUUGUCUUGUAGACCCAUUUGACACCAAUUGAUUUGUGUCCUUCUGGAAGAUCUGUGAGCUCCCAAGUAUCAUUCUUCUUUAUUGCACCAAUUUCUUCAUCCAUGGCUUUGUUCCAUUUGCUUUCUUCAGAAGCUUCCUCAAAUGUAACUGGAUCACAUUCAGCCAUUAAACAAAACAAUGAAUAAUCAAAGGUUGUUUGUACCGGACUUGUAGCUUCGUAGAUAUCAUCCAGACUCCGCAUUUUUCUAGUUGCUCCCCCUGAACUUCUGCUUCCACUUGAAUCAGAUGGUGUUGAUGCGGGAGUUUGUUGAUUCGGACUUUGUGGAGGAGUUUGAUCAUCAUCCUCGUCAGCUUCUAUGUUGGGGUCAUCAUUGCCAUCAUCAUCAUCAUUAAAAAAUAACCCAGCAACUUUUCUUUCCUCACCGCUCCAUUUCCAAUAAUCUGAUUCAUCAAACUCAACAUCUCGAGAAAUGAUUAAUUUUUUCGUCAGAGGAUUAUAGAGUCUGUACGCCUUGCUCCUCUUGUCAUAUCCGGUAAAGAUGCACUUCUCGCCUCUAUCAUCCAACUUCUUUCUAUUCUGAUCUGGAACAUGGGCAUAUGCAAUACACCCAAAAAUUCUGAGAUGUCCCACUGAUGGUUUGCUACCACUCCAUGCUUCAUUUGGAGUUUUGUUUCUGACACUUUUUGUUGGACAGCGAUUCAACAAAUAAACUGCACAUAGAACGGCUUCGGCCCAAAAGGUUCUCGGCAAGUGCUUUGCUUUCACCAUGCUCCUUGCCAUGUCAAGAAUAGUGCGAUUCUUUCUUUCUGCAACGCCAUUUUGUUGAGGAGUAUAGGCCGUUGUCAACUGAUGAUUGAUUCCAUGUGCUCUGCAAAAACUUCUGAACAGAUUAGAAGUAUACUCGCCUCCUCUGUCUGAUCUGAGUACCUUCAAGUAAUGACCACUUUGCUUUUCUGCCAGUGCUUUGAACUCCUUGAAUUUAUCAAGAGCCUCCGACUUUUCUUUGAUGAUAUACACCCAACUUUUCCUGCUAAAAUCAUCAAUAAAUGUUAGGUAAUAUCUAUUACCUCCAAGUGAUGAGAUAUCAAAUGGACCGGCAAUAUCUGUGUGAACUAUCUCCAAUGGCCUCCUGGCUCUCCAUGAUUUUCCAACGGGAAAACUUUGUCGAUGUUGCUUCCCCUUUACACAUGCUUCACACAAAUUUUCUGGUUCGUUGAUUUCUGGCAAGCCGUCCACCAUCUUUGUCUUUGACAAUAGUUUCAAACCAGAAAAUCCAAGAUGACCAUAUCUCAAGUGCCACAACCACGAGUCAUUUUUAAUGACCGACUUUAAGCACUUUUGCACCUUGGUUUGCAUAUCAAGCGUAAACAAACGAUUCUUUGACAUCUCCACAUUUGCAAUCAAUUCCUGAGCUUUAUUUUUGAUAAUGAGGGAAUUGUCCUGCAUCUGUAUAUUAUAUCCUUUCUCCACAAGUUGGCCAAGACUGAUAAUAUUAUUUUUCAAAGCAGGAAUAUAAUAAACAUCAUUUAUAUAUUUCUUUUCACCUUUCUUUGUCAUGAUUGUGACGGUACCUUUUCCUUUGACCGGAAUCUUUGACGAGUCACCAAAAGUAACUUCUCCGCUGAUGAUGUCGUCUAUCUCCGUGAAUAAUUCCUUAUGACCAGUCAUGUGAUUGCUGGCUCCCGAGUCAAGAUACCAUGUAUUUUUCUUGCCUCCUUCAUCUCCUUUGUAAGUGAGAAACAUAGCAGAGCCAACAUCUUUAUCUUCUUUUGCUUCAGCAAAAUGACUUUUUUCUUCCACCUUUGGUGCUCUACACUCAAAACUGAAAUGGCCAUAUUUAUUACAGUUAUAGCACUGAUAUUGAGACUUAUCACCUCUUUGUUGAUAUCCGCCUCGUCCUCGGCCUCUGAAAUUUUGACCACGACCAAAUGGCUGAUAGCCUUCAAAAUUCUGGCCUCUAUUGAAGGACUGUCUUCCUCGUCCUCGUCCACCACGGUAGCCACCUCUAAAGCCACCUCUGCCACGUGUAGAACUGCUACUGCCAGAACUGUCACCAACGGACACCUUACUUUGCAACGCCUUUUCCAAAUGGCUUGCAUCAUCAUACUGGUUCAUUCGCUGCUCGUGGGCUUGAAGAGAACCUACGAGUUCAUCAAUAGAAAUUGUGGACAAGUCUUUUGACUCCUCGAUGGAUGUCACAACAUAAUCAAAUUUUCUUGUUAAUGAACGGAGCAACUUUUCUAUGACCCGAACAUCAUCAAGACUUUCUCCAUUUCUUUUCAUCUCAUUUGUCACCGUUUUCAAACGCGUAACAAAUUCACCAAUAUUUUCGGAACUCUUCAUCUUUAAAUUUUCGAACUCCCCACGUAGAACUUGGAGCCGAACCUUUUUGACUUUCUCGACACCCUGGAAUGAUUUCUGCAGAAUCUCCCACGCGUCUUUCGCCGUUUUUGCAUUUGAAAUUUUUUCAAAGGUUGAUUCAUCAACUCCUUGAAUAAUUGUAUAUAAUGCCCUUUGAUCUUUUUUCUUGGAUUCUUUUAACGUCGUUUUCUCCGCAUCAGAAAGAACGGCUUCAUCCUCGGGCUUGUCAUACCCACUUUCGACAAUAUCCCAAUUAUCGUAUGAACCGAGUAACACCUUCAUUUGGAUACUCCAGUUCCCGUAAUUUGUUGCCGUCAACCUCGGGAUUUGUGGUUGCACCAUCAUAUUUGACAUUUUUUCUUCUCCGAAAUAACCUAGCUCUGAUGCCACUUGUUGGAAACGUGUAUGGGAUUUUUAUGAAAAUUAAACUAAAUAUUGAGUAUAACAAGCACACACUUUAUAUAUUAAUAUCUGAGUAUUACAAACUCUAGGCUACAGCCUUUUCCUUGAUACAACAGGUUACAACCUUUCUCUUUUCUCACAGAGAGCUUCGGCUCUUUUACUUCUCUCAGUUUUUCUUCACUCGGUACUACUUCAAAUAUAAAACACAGAAACUAUUUAUAGACUUUAGAAUACAAGCAGGUUAAGAUCACAGCUUACAUAGUCACCUAGCUGCUAUUAAUAUGGUCACCUUAAUUCAUGGGAUCAGUAAAGGACACAUGCAUGCAUUGCCAGCUUGCUGUUUUCUUUUUUUCAUCCUUUCAUACACACAUUCUGAUCUCCUUCUUCUUUGUUUCACAUGUGGAUAUUUAAGCAGCCUACCUUGAAUCCAGGAGGAGCUUCCGUAGUUUCUUUUAUUUCUACCACCUUAUGUUAUUUGAUUUCUUCAGCCGUGUGUUGUAGUUUGCACAGCCUCCUUUUUUUCUGGAUAUGACCACUUUCAUACACGUAUUUGACUUCUAACAUUAAACUUCAUGUAGCUGGCUGUGAGACUUUCAUGUGUGUAUUCUGGACAACAACCCAUUUCACUUACUCACGCUUAUUUGACCACCUUGCUGCCAGCCAUUUUCCUACUGCACUUAUUUAUUCAUUUUGUUUUUAUUCAUUAACUAAACAUCCGGAAGAGUUUGACAUUCUAACAAGGUAAACAAGUGAGCUAACUCGAAUUCAUAAAGGAUUUUAUCUAAUAUAUCAUGAAGUAUCUAUCUGAAUUCUAGUACUAUGCAAGCAUGAACCUUGCAUCUAUAAAUAACUGAAAGAAAAAAUAGUGGAAAAUUAUUAAUUUAUGGGCUGUUAUUUCACCUCUGGAAGAAUUUUUUUAAUACUACUGGUGGUUUGCAUCAAUUGGAAACCAGUUUGUAAUCGAGGAACUCCUUUAUGGCAAUAAGGGUUGGACCGUAUCUGCCGUGUACAGAAGCAUGGAUGAAAUUCUUUUUCCUGAUCCAGAUAUGUGCUUCAUGUUCAGGAAGUUUUGAAAAUGGAAGAAAAAGGUGGGACUUAACUUAAGGAUAACUCUUUUAUUGCUUCAACAUGUCUAAAGGCGACAUCAGUGUUGAGAUUAUUCUCCAAGUAGAAAUUACUCGGGCAAGCUGUUCAAGAACACUUCUCACCAUCUGAUUUGGUUUUAUGUCAUCUGCAACCUAGAUAUUAGCCAACAGAAUCAGGGAGAAUCAUUUCUGGGUUUCUAAGGAAAAGCAUACCACAAUGCAGGAGAAAUGCUCGGUACAAUUGGUAACCAGAUCAUCAGUAUUUGUAAUCAGACUUUCCAUGGGCUUCAUAAUCUAUACCAUUGUCUGCACAUCCUGCCCUCACAAGUUGAUGAGCAGCACCUGCGGAUUCAUGCCAUGUCCCUGUUAUAUUAAUCAUAUAUUCUCACUAUGCGUUUGGUGAUAUAUAUGUACGUGAAUUGUGCAUAUUUACCUCUCAUUGAGAUGCUGCAAUCCAUAGCAUAGCCAUGUCAAAGAAAGACUAUAGCUUUAGGAUCACAAUCAGGUAGCCAUUUACAGCUGAAUAGCUUCAUUUCUCUAGAGUUUAAUUAUAUAUAUUCCUGUGAAAUAUUUUCCGGAAAGCAUAAAGUAUAGAUGUCUAUGAUUGACGCA